AAAUUAAUUGGGACGUUGAGAGUAUUUCUCAACCUACAGGGACCAAUAAAGUUAUUUACCCAAAAACUCACCCAACUCCCUCUCGAACGUCCUCUCCGGCCGCGGCUGAGCCGGAAAAGAAGAGCCAAUCCAGAUUCAACGGAACCUGCGAAAACGAACGGAAGGAAACCAACUCUAUCUCUUUCUCUUUCGAGGACUUUGCCUUUGAAUUUUUCGCCAAACGGAGCGUGACGGAGAAACAUGGCGGCCUCAUCACCGGCCCUAAGCAACAACAGCCCCGCCGCCGCUCCCUCCCCGUCCCCCGCCACCCCCGCCAGCAUUUCCGCCGCCGCCCUCUCCUCCACCAACGCGUCGAAGAACCUUCGUGGCCUCAACAAACCUAAGUGCAUCAAGUGCGGCAACGUCGCUCGAUCCAGGUGCCCAUAUCAGUCAUGCAAGAGUUGUUGCGCAAAAGCUCAAAAUCCAUGUCACAUACACGUGUUAAAAACCAAUGCAACUUUUACCGACAAGACACAAUCUUCUAGCUCUCCUUUGUUUGAUCAGCAGUCAACCGAGGCAUCUCCCUCUGGGAAUUCACAUAGAUUUUCUUCACUGCGGCAACUCUCCAACAAUUUUGCACAGUUCAAUAAUUUGCAAAGCCCACUUCGUUCAAGGAAGCCCCUAACCAGAAAGGAUGCUGCAGUUAUAAACGAAUGGAGGUUUAAAAAGUUGAAAGAAUACAAGGAAGGAAACAUUGAAGUGGAAAAUGAAGCUUUUGACCGGUACAUGCAGAAUGUUACUUUACUCGAGGAGGUUCUUGCCGUUAAUCCUAAACCGGAAGGGUCUGCCGACGAUGGGUCCCUUGACUCGAACCCUAACCGUAAUUCUGCAGGAGAUGACACUGAAACGGUUGUUACUGGGCUGAAAUUGAAGCUAAGAUCAAAUCCAGUUAGGACUGAGAAACUUAGAAAGAGAUUGGAAGACAUCAUCAAUCAGGGACUAAGGAAGCUACGGAAAAUCGAUUUAGAUGGCGUUAAUGACCCUAAUAAGCAAGAUGAACUUGUUGGAAAGCAAGAAAAUGAGAAAUAUUCAGCUUUAAGUGAUCUUCUUGAUAAGUUGAAUAAAGCUCGGAGCGAGGAAGAUCUAAAAUCUUGUUUGGAGAUGAAAUCUCAGCUCUUUAAUCGGCAUAGAAAGUCGAUUCAAAUGGAAACUGAAGGCAUCGAGGUAUCGAAGGAGUCUGCUAAAACCGACUUUCCGCCGGGACUGAGAUCUGAUUAUUCUCCCCCUAAGUGGUUUUGCACUGCGACUAUUGAACAAGAUGCUCUGAAUUCCAUUAAUGUCCAUUUUUCUUCACUUGAGGAGGUAGAAACUCUUUAAAAUUGGGCCACAUUUCCGUAUUGGCGGAUAUAAGUUUCAGUUAGGUUAAAGGUAGGAUCAAUGGUUUUGCAGAGCCAUAUUUGUAGUUGAACUUGUGAGAUGCAGUGGCCUGGAUAUCCCUGCUUGAAGUAUGUAAUUUUCUGGAGCUAAUUGACAUGUUUUGGGCUGCAGAUUUGGAAACGGGGAGUAUUCAGUGGAAAUGUAGAUUUCUUCAAUUUCUUUGUGCAUCAAUUAAGAUUACAGAGUUUGAAGCAA